AUGGUACUUCCCGUAAUCAUAAUAGGGGUCGCCGUACUAAAAGUCGUCCUCCCGGCUUCUAUCGCGGUGGUUUUUUCAAGCCGACGGGACAUGAAAAAGAUGCGAGAUGACUUGGAAAAGAUGCAUGAUGACUUGAAAAAGAUGCAAGAUUGCUUGAAAAAGCAAUAUGCCUGGAACCAAGGCAUCCCUCCAGAGAUAAGGCCAACCAGAGAGCAACGUGAAAAGGCCGAGCCUAUGCUCGAAGACCCUAGCAAAUCUUUUUACCAUUUCGCUGUCGCUGGACAUGCUGGUACUGGGAAAUCUUCUUUAGUCAAUGCUUUCCGAGGUUAUAAAGAUAAGGAUAAAGGUGCGGCCAAAGUUGGCAUCAAUGAGACAACUAUGGACAUAAAGCGAUAUCCGGACAGAAGCUCAAUAUUCAAGAACUUUGUCUGGUACGAUAUUCCAGGUGCAAAUAGAUUGUGGCUUUUUAUUUUUGACUUUAUUAUCGUGUGUUGGAAAGACCGAAUCAUGGAGAUUGACAUACAAACCCUCACAUCAUGUGAAAAGAUGGAAGUACCUAUACCUACCUUCCUUGUUCGGACAAAUUCCCAAACACAUAUCCAUUGCCUAAAAUUAAGCGAGGAGAUAACAAAAGAAGAAGCAAAGGAAAAGCUUAUAAAAGAGACAAGCGAAACUGUCAAAAAAACCCUCCAAGCCUGCAAUUAUAAUGAUCCGAACAAGAAGGCUUAUAUCAUCGAUAGAUUUAUCUUGGGCAAAGUAGUUUCAGAUCUUACGGAGAAGUUCCGUUCGAAAAAGGAUAUUAUUACUGAUGAUGAUAUUCGUGAAAUGGCAGAAAAUGUAGAAGGCGCAAUCGACGAAGGUGAUCUUUUAAUAGACUUGUUGAGAACAGCUAAAGAACGUCGUCGUUAA